AGUUUUUCGACGUGCUACCAAACAGACGUGUGCUGCGCCAGAGCUAUUGUGAUUGUGUUUGUGUGUUUGCCGCCGAAUUGUGCAAGGCACGUACUGUAGUUGAUCGUGUGCUCACUGUGGGGCCCGUAUAGAACGCGCCAUUGCAAUAAAUCAAGCGAAAAGUAUUUAAUUAGCAAAAAAAAAUGCAGCAAAGCGAAAUGUACAUUCGAUGCGCAUUCGAUUUUUAUUGAUUAACACAUCGCACACAAACAACCAAAGCGCGUGUGUGUGAGUGUGGGUGCUACGAUCAUCGAUAGUUGUGUUAGGGGUGCGCGGAGUGUGCAAUACCACCGUCUUACCGUUGCUUCAGUACCUUAGAUCGUAAUACAACUCUACGUUCAAAGUGCCGCGCGACUGCAUUGUUUUGACUUUGAUCGUGUGCUUACCCCGCCCCUCGUUGCUCGGCUACCUGCCCCCGCUGUCAAGCGCGUGCGUUUCGUAACUUUUGAUUAGCUUUUUUCUGCGAUUCCAAGACUCGUCUUCAAGUGCCCCGUCACCCGCACCGUCACCCUCUCCGACUACCUAGCAGGAGCUGCAGCUCACCCUUUGGAACAUUGCGCUUGGCGUUUUUGUUGUGUUUUUGUUGUUUUUUUCGUAACUUAUCGCCGCCUACAUCGCAUAAUUUUUGCAGCUGUUGCCGUUUCGAAGUGCCACAAAUUAUUGUACAACAUAAAAUACAAAUACCAAAAUGUGUCAAUAAUUUAUGUUUGAAAAGUUUAAUUGGAAAAUGUGCACAAAAUAACGUGUAAUUUGCCAUUGGCCAGCUGUUCCGAGGCACACGUGUGACUGAAGGUGUGCUCUUUGUGGUUGUUGUUGUGCAUUAUAUCAUUUGUGAUUUCUUAUUUACAACACGAUUCGUAAAGCUAAUGCAACAAAGAGACCCGACACAAUAAUACGCAACAUUUGCCAAUAAAUUACAACAUUAACAACAGACAAACAGCAUCAAAAAAUGUCUAUUAAUAAAAGACUCGAGGGCGUGGCCGCCGCCCGCCUGUUAGCCGCGACUCUGCUGACGUUGGUCUGGCUAAAACUCGGCGCCGAGGCACACGUGGCCCUCACGUAUCCACCUGCGCGCGCCUUGGAUCUGGACUUCUUGGACAACUCGCGCACAAAGGCCCCUUGCGGCAUGCCCAAAGGCUCCAUACGCACCUCGCUGCUGUCGGGCUCCAUGUUUAAUGUCACCUGGCAUUUGGCCUAUCCGCACAAGGGCGGCUUCCGCUUGCAGCUCUUGGAUGCACUCGACAGGCCCGUGCUGGAUCUGACGCCGCACGUCAACAACUCUGAAUUUGUGCGCACCGAUGUCACCGCUCAAUCGUACCAGGUGAACAUUCCCAAGGAUUUCGAGUGCUUCAAUUGCACGCUGCGCCUGCUGCGCCAGGCGGACGAAUGGUCGAGCAACUAUCGCUUCUGGUCCUGUGCUGAUGUGGACAUCAAGCAGCGCAAGGACUUCAAGGAGAGCUGCUCCGGCAAGGGCAAAUACUUCCCCUCGCGCUGCAAGUGCGAAAAGAACUACUAUGGACCGCAAUGCCAGUACCGGGACGAGUGCACCAGCAAUGCGGACUGCGGCGCCCAGGGCAAGUGCAUCGAUCUGGACGGCACCUCGCUGCCCCGUCGCCAGUGCUAUUGCAACCUUGGCUGGCAUGGCAUUGGCUGCACCAAGCGCUCGCCCUACAAGUCAACCAGCCUGGACCUGUCGGCCUUUACGAAGAAGGAGCUGUCGCCGGACUAUCACAUGUACUGGCGUCUGUUGGAGGAGCAGAAGGAGAUCGAGAUCGUACUCAAGGUCAAUGGCACCUCGUGGGUGGGCCUGGGCUGGCGUCCACGUGGUCUGACGCCGGAAUGCAAGAACUUCCCGCUAAUAAAGGACAUUGGAGACUUGACGACAACGCUUGAGAACACGGGAUCUGAGCAUGCGGAGCCGGAGCCCAAGAGUGAACCGGAGCCCAAGAGUGAACCAGAGCCUAAGAGUGAACCAGAACCCAAGAGCGAGCCUGAACCCAAGAGCGAGCCGGAGCCUAAGAGUGAACCGGAACCCAAAAGCGAACCGGAACCCAAGAGCGAACCUGAGCCCAAGAGCGAACCGGAGCCCAAGAGUGAACCGGAGCCCAAGAGUGAACCCGAACCCAAUGCUGAACCAACAGCCGAGCCCAGUGCCGAGCCAAGCACCAAAACAAAGCGCGUCGCCAAGCAUGAGGACGAGCUUGCCAGCAUUGACGGCGUCACGUCAGUGGCCACCAGCGUAUCCUAUCGCGUCAGCACCAAAUCCGGACGCAGCCGCCGCCAAGCCACAGAGCCUAAUAGCACAGCGGAGCCGAAGAGCGAACCGGAACCAACGACAACGAGUGAGCCAGUGCCGAAAAGUGAACCGGAGGCAACAACGAAUGCACCGGAACCUAAAAGCGAACCUGAACCGAAGAGCGAGCCGGAACCGAAGAGCGAACCUGAGCCUAGAAGUGAACCGGAACCAAAGAGUGAACCAGAGCCAAAAAGUGAACCGGAACCCAAGAGCGAGCCAGAACCUAAGAGCGAGCCAGAACCUAAGAGCGAGCCGGAGCCUAAGAGCGAGCCAGAACCCAAGAGUGAGCCCGAACCGAAGAGCGAGCCGGAACCAAAAAGUGAACCGGAGCCCAAGAGCGAGCCAGAACCUAAGAGCGAACCGGAGCCUAAAAGCGAACCAGAACCGAAGAGUGAGCCCGAACCCAAAAGUGAGCCGGAACCCAAAAGUGAACCGGAACCCAAGAGUGAACCGGAGCCAAAGAGCGAGCCGGAACCCAAAAAGUCCGCAAAUCUUGAGUCAGCAGAGCCCAAGUACAAGCUCAAUCCGUACACACCGCGCCACGACUUUAAUCCCAUGGACUGCACGGAUAUCGUCAUUGGUACGGCGCGCGGCAUGGCCAGCCGUGUGGGUGAUUAUUAUACUCGGGAUCGUUCGACGCCGCGCAGCGAUGAGUUCUACGGCGGCAAAUCGGAUUUGGCCUUGGGCACAGGUUUCGAGGAGAAUGGCGUGACCACCAUAAUAUUCCGCAAGAAGUUGGUGGCCAGCGAUGCCACCGAUCACACCUUGGACGAUGCGCUGACUCACGUGAUCUGGGCCAAGGGUCAGGAGCCGGGCAGCUAUGUGCAUGUGCCAGCCUCUGGCCUGGAAACGGAAUCAUCAUCCGUCAAGGACUUCUAUCAGCCGGAUGAGCUCAAAUAUCAUGGACACAAGCUACAACGCGGCGUUACCCAAAUCAAUUUCUUCGAGAAAGACAAACCGGCGGCCAACACCGAUCGCAGUGAUCUGAGCAGCAAUGUGCUGGACAACGAUUGCUACGGUCACUGGAAGUACCCCUCGAACUGCUCGCCCCAGGAGCACAGCUGCGAGUACUACGCAAGCUGGGAGACUGUGGGCCGGGGCGACGAGAUGCGCUGGCACAUCGAGACAUCGAAUACACAAACCUGGACGGGCAUUGGCUUCAGCGAUGAUCAGCGCAUGUCGCAGACGGAUGCGAUUAUUGGCUGGGUUGAUGGACGCAGUGGUCGUCCCUUCCUGAUGGACACCUGGGUACUGGGCUAUGCGCCGCCCAAGCUUGACGAACGUCAGGACAUCUACAAUGCAUCCGGUCGCAUUGAGAAGGGCGUCACCAUCUUGGAGUUCAAUCGCAAGCGUGUCAGCAAUGACGAACAGGACUUGUCCUUCACAGAUGAUCACUGUCUCUAUCUGUUCUUCCCCGUGCUGGGCGGCGCCUUCAACGUGGUCAACAAGAAGACACGCAAGCACGAGCAGGUCCCACCCAUUUCUCCUCAACGCGUCUGCAUCAAGUCCUGUGGCAAGGAGCUGGAAUCCGUUUUCGUGGGCACCAGCACACCAGCGCCCAGUCGCUUGGUCUAUGCGGUGGGCGUUAAGCUCAUGAAUCUGGCUGAAUCAUUCGAGGCGCCCAAGCCAGGCACUGUGGAUUUCAACAAUCUAGCCGCAACCAUUUCGGACUCCUUCAAUGGCAUACUUUCUUCUAUUCCGGGCUACUACAAGACCGAAAUUUUAGGCUUUGAAAAGGAGGGCAGCACAAUGGUGGCCAAGGUGCAGGCCAUGUUCGACAAGGCCGACGUCGAGAAGCUGCAUACGCUGGAUACCAAUAAUGUGGAGAAGACCAGCGAGGCGGCUGUGCAGAAGAACGCGGAAGCUAUCAAAGCAGCGCUAUUGGAUCAAAUAGCCACCGGCAAGGUGGGCUCCCUAACAGUCGAUCCGCAGUUCUUAGAUUUCGAGGCGCUGGAAUACAAGAGUGCCGUGGAUACGAGUGCCAAGGAUACGCUACUCUCCUUCUUCGAUCUGUCCGAGACACGUUUGUAUAUUGUCCUAGGUCUGAUUGCAGCCCUUGUGCUGAUAGCACUGAUCCAAGCGUUCUGCACCAUUUUGAAGACCUCGCGCAAGAGCAAGAACACAAAGGAGAAACUGAUACAGAACUCGCCCUGGAAGGAGUUCGCCUCGAACACGAACUACGCAUUCGAUCCAUAUGGCGAAACCGAGGAGAAGCACAUGACCAGCAGCACCGCGGCCAAGGAGAAGGCGCGCAAUCGUUCCACGGCCAGCAGUCAACAGACGACACUGCCCAUGUCCCACUCGCCCACCAGCAAGUCGCAGAUGUACUACGAGAACAGCAAUGGCAAUGGCAAUGGCAAUGGCCAUGGACACGGCAAGAGCAGCAAUGGCAACGCUCGCUCCAAUGGCCGGCACAUGACGCAGGAGAGCAGCGCGGGCGGCAGCGCGAGCACGGCACCCGGACCCUAUGCACGUGGCAGCUACGCGGAGCGGGCAUAUUCGCUGCCGCGCCAGAAUCAUCAUUACCAACAGAGCUCGGCCAAUAUGCAGCCAUCCGGCUACUAUACGCACGAUCGUCGGGCUGCACGACAGGAGCGCGAACGGGAGCGGGAGCGGGGCGAGGAGCGACGCCAGCGACAUGAACGGGAGUCCAGCUAUGAUAGAUCGCGCGAUGAUCCGCGCUUGAAUGGCGGCGCCGAUACGCCGGACUUUUACUUUAUGCCGUCGCAGCGCAAAUAUUCCGGCGAAGUGGUGCGCGUUUAUGUGGACUACAACAAGGAUCCAAAGCACUAAAAAAAACAAAAACCAACAAGAACAAACAAAACGUCUUCGGGCGGACAAACAAAUUGAAAGUGCAUACACACAAAACACGUUGCAGCUUAUUUAAAAUCUUGUUUUAAGUACUUCGCUCUAUGUAUUCCGUCCUUUUAUCUGGCUGACUGCUGCUUCUCGUUUCGAUUGCCAUAAAGCAGUUUCACUGCAUGCGUUUUACGGGGAAAACUUCCCACAUUUUCACCAUUAAUUUUUUUUAUUUUGGCUGCGUAAGCUUUAUAACAACGCACAAAUGCACCGAGUUUAAUUUAAUGCAGUUCAGGAAAUGUUUUUUAAAUCCACAAUUUAGUAAAUUGUAAAUAUUUUGCAUAGAAUAUAAUUGUCUGGACAAGUAUUGAUUCAGGACUUUUGCAAUGUUUUCUAUUUAAUGUGCAAAGAAAUAUAGUCACUGUAUUUAAUCAAAUUAAAUAUAUGUAUGUUAAUAUAUAAAGUUUUAAAAUGUUGAGCGCAUUAUACGAUAUAAUACUCGUACAAAAUGUUUAAUUUUACAAUACAUUAAGUUCAUAUUAAUAAACUUAGGCACGUAAUAUACAGUUAAAA